AUAAAACGAGAAAAAGACAGAGAAAGAAAAAAACUGGAACAGAACAGAUAGAAAGGAAAACCGAAACCCGAAGCGUUAGCUCAGAGUAGACGUUGAAAUGACAAAUUUGCCCCCGUCAUUAUCAAUGAACGCAGCCUUUGGCGGCAGCGGUGCUGCUCCUCCGCCUUCUCCCGGUGGCUCCUCCCAGAGCUCCCCCGGAGGCACCAAGGAUCGUAAGAUGGCCUCCGCCGAGCAGCUUGUCCUCGAGCUCAGCAACCCCGACCUCCGUGAAAACGCUCUACUCGAACUCUCCAAGAAGAGAGAAUUAUUUCAAGAUCUUGCUCCAUUAUUAUGGAAUUCAUUUGGUACUAUUGCUGCACUUUUGCAGGAAAUAGUUUCAAUAUACCCUGUUCUUUCUCCACCAAAUCUUACUCCAGCACAAUCUAAUCGUGUGUGCAAUGCACUUGCUCUUCUUCAGUGUGUGGCAUCACACCCUGAUACAAGGAUGUUGUUCCUCAAUGCUCAUAUACCUCUAUAUCUGUAUCCCUUCCUUAAUACAACAAGCAAAUCAAGACCAUUCGAGUACUUGAGACUCACCAGUCUUGGCGUCAUUGGUGCUUUGGUGAAGGUUGAUGAUACGGAAGUCAUAAGUUUCCUUCUUUCAACUGAGAUAAUUCCAUUGUGCCUGCGCACCAUGGAAAUGGGCAGUGAACUAUCAAAAACAGUUGCAACUUUCAUUGUUCAGAAAAUCCUAUUGGACGACGUGGGCUUGGAUUAUAUUUGCACUACAGCAGAGCGUUUUUUUGCAGUAGGUCGAGUUUUGGGAAACAUGGUGGCAGCUCUUGCUGAGCAGCCUUCAUCUCGUUUGUUGAAGCAUAUCAUCCGAUGCUAUCUUCGCCUAUCAGAUAAUCCAAGGGCUUGUGAUGCAUUAAGAAGUUGUCUUCCAGACAUGUUAAGAGAUGCUACUUUCAGCAACUGCCUUCGUGAGGACCUUACAACCAGGAGGUGGCUGCAACAAUUGCUUCAGAAUGUUGGUGUGAGUCGGGUGCCCACUCUGCAAGCCGGAGGCGGCUUCGACCAUAUGAUGGUGACAUGAGUCUGUUGAAUCUUACUUUAUGCAUGAGCUCAUUGUCAUUUCUAAUUAUCCGAUCACAUUUUCUCUCGUAAUUGUAAUUAUCAAGUCUACUGAAAAAUUGUUUUAAGAUGUCUUGUAAUUUAUAUAGUAUGUAACUUAAUAGGUGGUUUUUUAUAACAAAUGUUCAACCAAGGUUUAGGUGGCUUAAGUUCUAGUUCCUCUAGAUUUAGUUAUAUAUUAUGGAAAAUGAAACAUCAAGAAAUGUGAUGGGAAUGGUAUGACUUGGUAAAUCUCCAUAACAUUAUUUGGAAUUACAGUCAAAUUAGCAAGAUAUUUUUGGUUUUAUCUUCUAGGAAGUGGAUAUUGCCAAUUUGAUAA